GAGAGAAAGAGUGAUGAGGUUGAGAGAAUACGCGUACGCAGAUGCUCUCCCUCUACAAGGUCAUGAGGCAUUCAACGAGAAGGUCAUGGAUCCUUACACGAAGCAGAUCCAUGAGUGGAAGCAGCUAUGGCUUAGAGGUAAGACACCAAGAUUUAUUAACUCGACGGUUUGGCAAGGGUUGCAGGUGCAUUGGCUGAAGCAGGAGACCAUAGAUAAAUCUCUUAAAAACUUAGCCAACCGGAAGAGCGAUCGUGGCGGGAAAGCUGUUUACCUCGGUGCCUGCACUAUCUCUUCUAAGGAGGAUGAACUUGGUUUCCGUCAUAACACUGAAAAGAUUACAUACUAUAUGAAAAUAUUGGAACACUUUAUCCAAAACCUAAGAUUCAGGGAGAAGCAAUUCUUAAGCUGCAAAGCAGCCUAUGGUUCUCAUGCUGCAGGGGCAUGA